CGCAGAAGGAGGGGCGCGGGGGUGACGGUACGGAGCGGCUGCCAGCGCCGGGGCGACAGCAGGCGACCGGUCCCAGGAGAGGCGGUGGACCAGAGGAGAGGCCAGGUCGGCUGCUGCCGGGACCCUCCAGACUCCACCCCGACCCCGGGCAGCGGCGGUUUUCCUGGCCUUGGCCUGGCGGAGAGGCUUUGCCGAGCCCCGAGCGCAGCGGCGGGGGAAAAAAAAGAUGUUCAGUGUGGAGUCGGUGGAGCGGGUGGAGCUGUGUGAGAGCCUCCUGACUUGGAUCCAGACAUUUAAUGUGGAUGCACCAUGCCAGACUGUGGAAGAUUUAACGAGUGGGGUUGUGAUGGCCCAGGUUCUUCAAAAGAUAGAUCCUGCAUAUUUUGAUGAAAACUGGCUAAACAGAAUCAAAACCGAAGUAGGAGAUAAUUGGAGGCUAAAGAUUAGCAAUUUAAAGAAAAUUUUAAAAGGAAUCCUGGAUUACAAUCAUGAGAUCCUAGGACAGCAGAUUAACGAUUUCACCCUUCCUGAUGUGACCCUUGUUGGGGAGCAUUCCGACGCAGCUGAGCUCGGGAGAAUGCUACAGCUCAUUUUAGGCUGCGCUGUGAACUGUGAACAGAAGCAAGAGUACAUCCAAGCCAUUAUGAUGAUGGAGGAAUCUGUGCAGCACGUUGUCAUGACAGCCAUCCAGGAGCUGAUGAGUAAAGAAUCCCCCGUCUCUGCUGGGAACGAUGCCUACGUUGACCUCGAUCGCCAGUUGAAGAAAACUACAGAGGAACUUAAUGAAGCUUUGUCAGCCAAGGAAGAAAUUGCUCAGAGAUGCCAUGAACUGGAUAUGCAGGUUGCAGCUCUGCAGGAAGAGAAGAGUAGUUUGUUGGCAGAAAAUCAGAUACUAAUGGAAAGACUCAAUCAGUCUGACUCUAUAGAAGACCCUAACAGUCCAGCAGGAAGAAGGCAUCUGCAGCUCCAAACACAGUUAGAACAGCUACAGGAAGAAACAUUCAGACUAGAAGCAGCUAAAGAUGAUUAUCGAAUACGCUGUGAAGAAUUAGAGAAGGAAAUCUCUGAACUGCGGCAGCAGAAUGAGGAGCUCACCACGCUGGCAGAUGAAGCCCAGUCUCUGAAAGAUGAGAUCGACGUCCUUAGGCAUUCAUCUGAUAAAGUUUCUAAACUCGAAGGUCAAGUGGAAUCAUACAAAAAGAAGUUAGAAGACCUUGGUGAUUUGAGGCGGCAGGUUAAACUCUUAGAAGAGAAAAACACUAUGUAUAUGCAGAACACUGUCAGUCUAGAAGAAGAGUUAAGAAAGGCCAAUGCAGCAAGAAGCCAACUUGAGACAUACAAGAGACAGGUAGUAGAACUGCAAAAUAGAUUAUCUGAAGAAUCAAAGAAAGCAGAUAAAUUAGAUUUUGAAUAUAAGCGGCUAAAAGAAAAAGUUGACAGUCUUCAAAAAGAAAAAGAUAGACUACGAACAGAAAGGGAUUCUUUGAAGGAAACCAUUGAAGAGCUUCGCUGUGUCCAGGCUCAAGAAGGGCAGCUUACAACUCAAGGGCUGGUGCCCCUGGGGAGUCAGGAGCCUUCUGACAGUCUGGCGGUAGAGAUUGUGACGCCCGAGAUCAGGGAGAAACUUAUUCGUCUUCAGCACGAGAAUAAGAUGUUAAAACUUAACCAAGAGGGUUCAGAUAAUGAAAAAAUUGCCUUAUUGCAGAGCCUUCUGGAUGAUGCCAAUCUACGCAAGAAUGAGCUGGAAACAGAGAAUAGGCUGGUGAAUCAGAGACUUCUGGAAGUACAGUCACAAGUCGAAGAAUUGCAAAAAUCUUUACAGGAUCAAGGCUCAAAAGCAGAAGAUUCAGUUCUUCUAAAAAAGAAGCUUGAGGAACAUCUAGAGAAGCUGCAUGAAGCCAAUAAUGAGCUGCAGAAGAAGCGAGCCAUUAUUGAAGAUCUUGAGCCAAGAUUUAAUAAUAGCUCUUUAAAAAUUGAAGAAUUACAAGAAGCUUUACGGAAGAAAGAAGAAGAAAUGAAGCAAAUGGAAGAACGAUAUAAAAAGUACUUAGAGAAAGCCAAAAGUGUAAUCCGCACUUUAGAUCCUAAACAGAAUCAGGGAGCGGCACCAGAAAUACAAGCUCUUAAAAAUCAGCUCCAGGAACGGGACCGGCUUUUCUACUCCUUAGAGAAAGAAUAUGAGAAAACGAAGAGCCAAAGAGAAAUGGAGGAGAAGUACAUUGUUAGUGCCUGGUACAAUAUGGGAAUGACUCUGCAUAAAAAGGCGGCUGAAGAUAGACUGGCUAGCACAGGUUCCGGGCAGUCAUUUCUGGCUAGGCAAAGGCAGGCAACCAGCACAAGAAGAUCUUACCCAGGCCAUGUUCAACCAGCCACAGCAAGGUAGAGCAGUCUGCUAUUAGAAAUAAAAAAACAACCUGCAUUCAAAGCAUCCUUCUGUUACAUGUAACAACAUUUCAGGAAAUUCAGCCAGCUUAUUUUUUCUUUCUCUUAGAUGUUAUUAUUUAGUGCUUCUUAUCUGAGGACUUUUCUCUCUCCUGUAUCUCUUUUCCUUUCCCUUGUCCUUUAUUUUAUAAUCCUUUCAGUUCCUUUUAAUGUGCCAAAAAUUUGUAAGUGUCCAAUUAAAAGUGUUGUAUAAUAGUGUAAUACUUUCAUUUGUAUGAAAAUGUCUUCUUCCCCAAUGGCUUUGUAAUGAAUUAGAUUUUCUGCCAAUGAUUGAUAUAAAUUUAUAUUCUUUGUUGUGCCUAUGUGUUACCAUGCUUUAUAAGAAUGUCUUUGUUUAAAGGGAAUUAAUCUUUUUAUGAUGUAUUGAUCUGUAUUUUUGAUUGUUUUCCAAAUGCACUUCAAAUAAUUCGCAUAUUUACUAUAUAAGUGGUUGGCAAGUGCACUUUUUGCGAAGGUGAAAAUACACUGGCAGAGGUGCUAAUCAUGUCACCUAAGGCACCUGGUUAUUAUUUAGAGAAAAAAAUCAGUUUUCAUGUGGUUUUGUAGGAAAUUAAAUCUGUCCUAAGAUUUGGGGACUGUUUUUAAAACAUAACUAUGUAAUAUUUCA